AUGCAAAAAGAAUACCCAGAUGAAGGUACCAUUCUCCUGUCUUUACACCUUUGUGCAAAACAUCAUCAGGACUGCAGAGAAAAAAUAAACAAAUUUCCAGUUGCAGAUCGCAGAAGCACAUCUCCUUCUCCAAACACAGACUCACAUGAAAAUAUAUGCGCUCAUCCUACAAAUACAUCUCUGACUCCGUACCUGAUCGGCGAUGAUGUUCCUAGCAACUGCCAAGCGACCGGCGAUGACCUGCCCAUUUCAGCAACACCAAAGAUCGAGCCAGACGUUGAGGUUGCAAGAUUUCUGAGGAUAAUAGCAGACCAGCCCUCUUACUUCAAUGUCUAUGACUCCUACCAGAAUAUGGAAAAUACAAAAGAUACUGAUCGUGAGAGGAAAUGGAUUUCGUUGAAAACCCCCUUAUGCCUGGAUAUGACGGGCCAUGCUAUCUACCGGAGUUAUGGAGCAGGAAAAAUAAUGAAGAACAACGGCAUGAAAGUAGCUGUUCAUGUUCUAACCACAAAGGACAACAAAUUGUACCCAAACAGAAAACCUCGCUGGAGAAGCAUAAUUGGCCCAUGUUUUGCGGUUAGUCUCAUAAAACACUUUUCAUAAAAUAAAAAAAGCUUUCACUCUUGCUAAAAUG